UCUUGAUAUUGUUCUUCCGAGAAGAGGAAUUGAAAAAACAACAUUGAUUCAACAUGCUAAUGUGCCAUACAGUCUCUGUCACAAACAUGAUCCUGGUAAGACGUGAAUCCUUCUUUGAAUCUUCCACUUCUCAGUUCAAACCGCGACCCACUUGACCAUUUGUCUACUAGUAUUCCGCCUUUUACCCUCUUACUACAGCGUAGAAUUGCGAAACCCCUUAAAGAUAUCCCUGCAGGAUGAGCUACCGAUUCAACCUCGCCACCCCAGAUGAUCCCUUCGGUGACCUCGAGCAAAAAAUACCAGAUGAUGGUGAUGACACCGAAUCCCUCACCUCCUCCGAAGAUGAAAAUGAGGAUCUGAGCCCAGAGGAGCAAAUUCUCGAAGACCUUGAGUCUGACUUCAACCUAUUGACCCUCGAAGCGCAGACAAUCAUUGCCCAUCAGCCUCGAGCGACUCAAGUCCAAUUCACCGUCGACACCAGAAAACUGUUCAACGAUUACCAACAACAUGGCUCAAUGGCGCGUCUUAAAGUCGGACUGGAAAAGUUCCUUGAGCGCGGAGACGACGGCGGCAAACUAGAAUUCGAAGAUGCAGAGGCUGAAAAGGCAAACACCGACCCUGGUCACUUCGGUGAAGUCUUCAUGAUCAACAACACCGCGGAUGACGAUCAACCAAAAUAUGUCGAUGGAGGUCUUCGCGUGCACAACACAGUGAAUGCUCCAAAGUCAACAUUCAAUCAAUUCCAUAUCGUGGACUCCGACUCGAUCCCCUAUGUCACAAAUCUGCCAUGGGACCCUAUCGCCACAGUUCUGCGUUGGCCAGGGAGUCUCCAAUGGCCGCGCGGCUUGCUCAGCAGAAUCAACCAAAUCCUCAGCAUUGUCGACCACGAGUCUCGCGUCCGCCUAUUCCACCAUAUCUCCAAGUACGGUCCAUCACCAGUCUUCAGAGUUGGCAUUGCCCAGCACGUCGAGAGCCAGUACUCCACCAUUCUCGAGACUUCCGAAGACAACUAUCUCGGCUUGACACCUGAGUCGAGAUCCUUCUUGCGCUCCGUGUUCGAAUCCGCCGUUAGCCUGAACCGAACCGAGAUCCGAAUGCUAGCCCAAGCAUGCAGAAUUGCAGAAGAGUCCGUCAAGAUCUUCUGGGAAGACUUCUCUUCUUCCAGGAGGGGUUAUAAUGCCAUGAAGAUGUUCAUGAUGGCUAGAGAGGUGGAGAAGUCGAAAGAAGCGAGACUAGACAAAGUCACCGGACAACGAUCUGCGUCUUGGAAUGAAUACGAGGAAAGAAGGAUUGCUGAAGCGAGAAAAGCAUACAAUAUCGGAGCGGCGGAGAAGCAACGACAGCAAGGCCGCCACAGUGAAGCAAGCGAUACGGUCCGACCGCUCGGUAUUGCCAAUGACUACGCCAACCGGAGACUCGGGGAAGAAUGAACUGAAGUGGGUCGAUUCAAGUGGUAUAUGCCAGAGUAAUCAGACACCACUGCAUAUCGAAAGGUCAUGGAUGGGCACAGUGAUUGAGCUCAACAAUGGCAAGCAUUUACGCUUCACAGGACGAGCGUCACUGUGUCAGGUACCAAGGUCAUCUGAUGAGCCACGCUCUCAGUCCGGAGAAAUCAAACUUCGAUUUAGUUCGAUUGUUUCUUGACGCCUCUUCUCUAUGGUGUCGGUAUUGAUCCAGACGGUCCGAACAGCGUCCUCUAGGAGUCGUGUUUGCUCGGUAACAAACAAAGCAAAUCGUGCCGACAGCAGACGGCACAGCUUUCUCG